ACGCGUUUCGCCACCGCCACCACCAUCGUUUGGUGCCAGUUGGCGGGGCGCCCUUGCCCCGGCGUGAUGUGUCGGACAGAGCCCACGGCAUGCACGACAAAUUGAGCAGUCGCUUGCGUCUGUCUCUCGGACAACCUGCAAGCGUCAGGAGCGCGCGAUGAGUGUGCCAAGCGAUAAACUCAUUUAUAGCGAAGAAGCAGAAGGAAUGGCUGUCGUCGAUCAGCCUACCAACGGACCCGGCGCAGUCGGGCCUCAUCAAGUGCCACAGGGCGCUCAUAGACUCACUCCUCCCGUGGGAACGCUGCAUGUAUAUCUACUACUGAUCCAUUCCAUAUACCCCCUCUCUAGGCACCCUCUUCCGAGCGUCCUCAUCCCCUUCGUUUCUCCCCGUCGGCCGCACAUCGCGCCGCCCAGCACGCGCAACGAGACCUCCAAUUGGGCUGGUAUCCAAUGGACGGACCGUACUCAUCACAACCUCGCUCUGGGCAAUCCUCGCGUGUCCUCAAUCUCUCAUCAGGCUCUGCGCAAGGCCUCUCUUCAUCUCCUGCGCGGCUACCCCAUCCUCCAUCACGAUACGUACCCCUACAAGUGGUCGUCGAGAAACUAGAUGAGAAGAGACCGAUCGACGUGGUUGGCGCGGCUCAGCCAGCCUGUGUGGAGUGUCUCUCCGCGCUACCGCCAGUCUCCUCGUCAACACCAUCAUUAACUGGCUACUCCUCCUCAUCGCACCACGAGCAAGCGCGGCCAGCAACAUCCUACGAUGCGAAUGCUCACCCUCUUGCUGUCUCCAGCUGGACUGCAAUCACGCCUUCGUACACGCGGCCACGAGGAUUACGGAUAGCUAACCUACUCAGACCCUGGGUCCCAAUAAUUCUGUACGCAUUAACGAGUCUUGGGUUUCUGGCUGCAGUAAGCUUCUGGAAGAUCCAGGUGUUUGGAGGUCUCGAUGCUCUCUCGCAUUGGCUGCAGUCAGACGUCUGUCUAGGUUACGCUGUAAUAUUCUUCCUAAUCUUCGUCACCACAUUCCCUCCCGUCCCACUGUAUUCCACAUUCGUUAUCCUAUCUGGCUACACUUUCGGUCCCUGGACCGGCGCCAUAAUCUCCUAUUGGUCUUCAUUAGCUGGCGCCCUCACUGUAUUCGUGCUCUCCCGCGCAUUCUUCCGCGGUCAUAUUACGCGGUGGCUGGCCUGCACGACCACUAUCAAGCGUGUAGUCAGGGCGAUCGAGAAGCGCCCAAAGCUGCUCUUCCUGAUCCGCCUCGCGCCCUACCCGUACAAUGUCAUGAACUGCCUGCUCGCGGCAUCGCCGAGCCUCAGCCUCCGUACAUAUACCAUCUGUACGGCGCUUUCGCUCUUCAAGCUCAUCAUCCACACCAUGAUCGGCAGUUCGAUACAUUCGUUUGCGGAAUAUCAUGUGAAGCCCGGCGCGCAGCAGGAGGAGGAGAACAUGCUCGGGCGGUACUCGACCAUUGCGGGCAUCGCCCUCUGCGUGGCCAUCUUUGUUUACAUCUCGUACAUCACACGCAGAGCGGUCAACGGCGAGCUGGAGGACGAGGAUGUGCUUGAAUCUGCCAGCAGCGAGGAGCGCGUCGCGUUCCUCGGUGCUCAGGACAGUGAAGACAUAGAGGCGCAAAUGGUCGAGGUCUCAGGAUUGCGCCAGCCAGAGAGCCGAUAGGCUCACGGACACCCGAACUCUGGACAGUUGUGUAUGAUCUGUAUUACGGUACAUUGCGCCGCUCGUUGCUCGGCGAGCAGGCGGAGAUCGGACUUGAGUAAUAGCUGAAGUGCGCGGACACUUGUCGCUCUUGUACGUAUAAAAGUAGGUAUUUUUGUUCCCUUCUGGAAACAGGAGGCUCUUCGUCUCUCGUAUGUGUACGCGGUAGAUACGGUGACGAUACGGGACUUCCAUUCUGCACUACCGCCGUUUCUGGCGUUUCUAGGGACUUGCAUGCUGCUGUAGCGUCGCAGCUUCAAAAUGGAGGGCACCUUUUUUGCUGUCGAACUCUCCGGCCGAGUGAGUGGUAGUUGCCU